AGGCGUGGGGCAGGACUGGGCCUCGCCGCCGGUGGUGGCCCCAAGGGCGGGCAUGGGCGCCCCCCAAAGCCCCUGCCCGGGCCACUAGAGCCCCCCUGCCCACCGGGCCCCCCCGCCCACCGGGCCCGGGGGCGGCUGCCGACGCCAGAGCGGGGGGUCUCCCGGGGGGCCUUGCCCCCCGACCCCCUAUGCCGGCCGGGGAGCAUGAGCUGCCUGGUCCUCGCCGUCCUGCUGGUGGUCGUCGGCGAGGGGCUGGCCCGGGGACGCUGCCCCCCUCUAGGUGUCCCCGUAGGGAUCCUGCCGAGCGCUCCGGGGACCCUGGUCACCCUGCCCUGUCCGGCGGACGGUCCGGGGACUGACACCGACAACGACUCGGCCUCCGCCUCGGCCUCCUGGAGCCUUGAAGGCCGGGUCCUGGAGCGGGAGCCCGGCCGCCCGGUGCUGCUCAACGGAAGCCUGUUGUUGGGGCCGGUGCGGCCUGACCACGCCGGGGUCUACACCUGUUACCGCCACGGACGCCUCGUCCAGAGGGUCCAGCUGCUGGUGGAGGCUCCGCCCGAGGUGCCCCAGAUCUCGUGCUAUCGGAAGAGUCAUAACAGCAACGUCCUGUGCGAAUGGGUCCUGGACCGCCCGCCGUCCCCGCGGACCCAGGCCGCCCUGUGGGUGAGGCACGGGUCCCGGUCCCGGUCCGGGGAGCCCCGGGGCGCGUCCUGCGAGUACUUGUCGGGUCGCCGGGCCUUCUCGUGCCCGCUGGCCCUGCCCGGCUGGGAGGACGAGGACUACGUGGCCUCCGCCUGCGUGGCCAACACCGUGGCCGGACACCUCAGCCCCUACCACCGCUUCAACAGCUACAGAUGCGUGCGGCCGGACGCCCCGUCUGACGUCACGGUGACGUCAGUGGCGGGCAGGCCUCGCUGGCUGAACGUCACGUGGAGCUACCCGCCCUCCUGGGACUCGCUCUUCUCCCUGCUGCGCUUCCAGCUGCGAUACCGGGCCCGGGCCUCGGCCGCCUUCACCACGCUCAGGAUGGAGGCCCAGUCGCACUGGCAGCUGUCGCACCUCAUCAGCGAUGCCUGGGCCGCCAUGGAUCACGUAGUGCAGCUGCGGGCGCGGGAGGAAUUCGACGUCGGAGAGUGGAGCGCCUGGAGCCCGGAGGCCAGGGCCACGCCGUGGACCGAUCCCAGAGUGCCCGUGGCCAGAACGGAGGCCAGCAAGUCCCCGCAGCCGCCUCUUGCCGACGACCACUUCACCAAGCUCCCCACCGGCCAACCGGACAAAUCCGGAUCGGACAGCCUCCCCAGGCUGCUCCCCUCGGGGCCGCAGUACUCCUUCCUGGUGGCCGGAGGAAGCCUUAUCCUGGGCAUGGCUUUGUUCGUCGGCAUCAUGAUCAGGUACUGGAGAACGUGGAAAAAACAGGGCAAGCUCAAGGCGGGCAAAGCGUCCGGACCGCCCCAGUGUCCGUGGGGCCGGCAGGCGGCCGCGUGGAUCGGUUCCGGCCCGGUCCUGGCCUCCCUCAUCUCGGGCCCCGGGCCGGCGUCCCCACGGACCGAGCCCCCCGCGAACGGAGGGCGGCCCCCACGGAGGGCCGAGGGGGCCGGAGGAAGGACCCCCCGAGACGGAGGAAGAGGGAGGAUCGUCUAGAAGAGGAGGUGGAUUGAGGACGCCUCUCCUGGCCCCUUUGGACCCCCGGCUAUACUGCUGAGAUUGACUGAGCCCCCCUGGACCCAGCCUCUCCCCUCCUCCUCUUCUUCCUCCUCCUCCUCCUCUGAACCGAGUGACCCCAGCAGCCUCGGCCCCGGGGAGGGGGACCCUCAAAGUAGCCCGGGGCUUGAGUUGGCUUGGCCGCCCAGGUUCCUUGGGCGGUCUCUGGGAGAAGGAGGUGGCUGGGGAGGGGAGGGGGCGGUGUGUAUGUGUGCGUGUGUGUCCAUGUGUCCAUCCCAGAGGGAGCCUAAUAGGGAAAUGGGGGCAUCGGGGACGCUUUAUUAGGGGCAGCCCGCCUUUCCCCGCUGUCCAGAGGCUGGUUUAGGGGGUCUCUGACCUUUCUCCUGGGCUGGGCCGCUGACUGCACAAAGAGGAAGAAGAGAGGAGGGGGCCUGCACCCCAAACCCCCCUCCCCAAGGGGUCCGGACCCAGGGAUCUCGGUGUGAAGACAGGCUAGGGAAGAGAGAGAGGGUGUGUACGUGUGCAUGCAUGCAUGCGUGCGCGCAUGUGCCAGAGGACUGGCAUUGACAGGGCAGCAUGGCCUAGUAGCUAGAGAAGGUGACCAGAAGGUCAUGGGUUCUCAUGCCGGCUCCGCCACAUGUCUA